GAUGACGUGACCCUUCCCGGCCCACGUGGUGAUGUGAGAGGCCGCUGCGGUCCCGCCCUCCCCCGGGCCGCCCCUCCUCCUGCUCCCCCGGCCAGCAGUCUGUCGCCGCCGGCAGCAGCAGGAGCUGGCAGAGCAGAGAGUGGGAGAGUUCUCGGCGGCUGCUGCACAUGAGAGCGGUGGCCGCUGCUCAGCAAUGAUCCGCCAUGAGGGCAGCAGGAAGGGAGCCGCGGCGAGGAAGUCCACCCUGGACGGCCAGUGCUGGGAGGAAGCGGAGGCUGCGGGCAGAGAAGCCACCGGAAAGCCCCUUACCCGGGGGGAGACCUGCAGGAGUACCACUGAGUCCGAAGUGUUCGAUGACGGCACCAACACUUUCUUCUGGAGAGCUCACACAUUAACUGUGCUAUUUAUCCUCACUUGUUCCUUGGUAUAUGUCACAUUACUAGAAGAAACACCUCAAGACACGGCCUACAAUACAAAAAGAGGGAUUGUUGCCAGCAUAUUGGUAUUUUUGUGUUUUGGAGUCACACAAGCUAAAGAUGGACCAUUUUCCAGACCUCAUCCAGCUUAUUGGAGGUUCUGGCUGUGUGUCAGUGUGGUGUACGAGCUGUUCCUCAUCUUCAUUCUGUUUCAGACUGUACAUGAUGGAAGACAGUUCAUGAAAUUCAUUGACCCCAAAUUGGGUGUUCCUCUACCAGAACGGGAUUAUGGUGGAAAUUGUCUGAUAUAUGAUCCCGGUAAUAAGACUGAUCCUUAUCACAAUUUAUGGGAUAAAAUGGAUGGCUUUGUACCUGCACACUUUCUUGGCUGGUAUAUAAAAACACUAGUGAUAAGAGACUGGUGGAUGUGUAUGAUGAUCAGCGUUAUGUUUGAGUUCCUGGAGUACAGCUUAGAGCAUCAGCUGCCCAAUUUCAGUGAAUGUUGGUGGGAUCAUUGGAUAAUGGAUGUCCUAGUUUGCAAUGGUUUUGGGAUUUAUUGUGGUAUGAAGACACUAAAAUGGCUAUCGAUGAAACCCUAUCAAUGGCAGGGCCUGUGGAACAUUCCAACAUACAGAGGAAAAAUGAAAAGAAUUGCCUUCCAAUUUACACCGUACAGCUGGGUAAAGUUUGAGUGGAAGCCAGCUUCAAAUCUGCGCAGAUGGUUAGCAGUGUGUGGAAUUAUAUUUGUCUUUUUACUGGCAGAACUCAACACAUUUUACCUCAAAUUUGUCCUGUGGAUGCCUCCGGAACACUACCUGGUGUUAUUGCGGUUGGUGUUUUUCGUGAACGUGGGUGGUGUGGCCAUGAGAGAAAUCUACGAUUUCAUGGAUGACUUACAGUUCUACAAAAAACUGGGCCAGCAAGCAUGGAUGGUAGCAGCCAUUACCGUGACCGAAUUCCUGAUUGUUGUAAAAUAUGACCCUUACACCUUAACGCUACCAAUACCGUUCUAUGUCACGCAGUGUUGGAUCCUGGGUAUAGUCCUUGUCCUCUUGUGGACAGCAUGGCGUUUCUUUAUCAGGGACAUUACGUUGCGUUAUAAAGAAAUUAAUCGGCGGAAACAGGAGUACAGACCAGAGGAAGCAGUACAACAGAAUGGGGGAGCAAAUUCCGAAAGCAAACCGAAAACUCUUUGAGAUUUCCAAAACAAACCAUGCAAGCGGUCUUUCUGCCCGACCCACCGUUACUGAACAUGAAUUGUACUUUUUAUAUUUUAAUGUAUUGGAUACUACUGCUAUUUAAUAAUGAAAUCCAUGAAACUUCGUGCUUCACUCAGUUUUUGUUUUUUGUUUUUUUUAUCCUUGUGGAAAGGAAACUGGAACUUGAAGGUCAAAUCUGCUGUUUUGCACCAGGCACAAGAGGAGCCCCUGCGUCUCUGUGACUUACAGCUUCUGUUUAGUAGCAAAGUAUUUCAAAUUGUAACUAGUGCGGUCCUGUAUUUUUUUCGUUAGAAAUUUCUGAAAGCUGAUAUUUUUUUUUUUUUUAGACUUUUAUUAGCAUUCCAUAUAAAUAAUGAUGUUUUAAUGGGUAGAUAACAAACAAAAGCCAGAUUCAGCACUUGUUGAUGGAAGUGGGUUUAAGGUUAAACAUAUAUAUAUUUUUUGUUUUUGUUCUCUUAGAGCAUUUGUCACCUACAUACAGAAGAGGCAAUUUAAUGGGUGGCCAACUUCUAUGAUCAUACAUUUAACCACAUUACGAAUGUGAUGGCUUAUGAUUAUUGAUCAUGUAGUAACUCCAUAAUGGAAGGGGUUCGUAGUAAAUGGAAAGGUGUUCUAUGACAGCUCAGCCAGUAUGUAUGGCACUACAGCCUACCUGCGGCCUACGAUGUGUGUAUGAAGCAUUUCUUGCGUUCCAGAAUUUGCUGGUUUCUAUCUUGUAAAUACACAGACAACCAAACUUUGCUCCAUUUACUGGUGUCUCUAUUCUUACAUAGCAAGCACAGUCCCAUCCCCCAUGUUAAGUAGCAGGCUGGUCUGGCUUUUGGGUGCUGACGCCUUCUCAGCAGUUUCACUCUCCAGCCAUAGCUUAACCUUCUGCAUGUGCAGGACGUACUGCUCCGAGGCCAUAAUGUUCUCUUGUGUUGCUCUAUAAAGGGAAUUCAUCCCUAUUGUCAGGUCAAAGACCUUUUAUGUACACCUGACAAACUACUUUGCACUGCACUGGUUUCAAUGAAUAUGUGCAGGCAGUUUGUGUGCACAGUGUGUUUGCUGUGAGCUGUGGUCUCUGCAAGGGCUUUUUAAAAUAUAAAGGGACACACAUCUGAAGAUUUUUUUGGUACCCAAUAAGUUACAGAUGUGUCCACAUACACCCAUCCUCAAAUCGCGCCAAAUGGCCCAGUUAGGGCAUUGUGGACUUUCCAACUUAUCCACACCAAAACACUAGUUCUAUAUAUACUAUAAGCUUGCUAAGAAGCAAAAUUGUGGGGAAAAGUUCACAAACUAGGGUAAAAAGGCAGGUCCGCUGGGCCUAUUAGUUGUUUUUUGUUGCAAAUUAAUUCAUAUAAGUACCUAGUUUACUAUAUGCAAACUAGCUGCAAAAUUAAGGAACGUGCACAGGACGAGAUUUGCGCCAUAUAGCACAAAGAGAGUAGCUGUAUGCGGACACAGCUGUCCCUUAACCUUCUAUGUGUGCAGUGCAGACUGCCCUGUGCACCUAAUGUGGCCGUGUGUUGCACUAGAAAGGUGCAGUAGUUCAUCUCUCUUGCCAGAGUAAAGUAAAAAAAAAAAAAUAAGACUUUGCCUAGCACUGGUUUGAGGGUGGACGUCUUGGCAGUUUGCGUACACGUUUCAGCGGCUGUCCACAUAUAUAUUGUUGAUCGCUAUAGAGACACCUAUUAGGAUUUUUGUUCAUUUAGAGAAAAGGAGUGAAGGAUUUUUUAAGCCGUUAUCCAGUUAAUUUUAAAUGCAAAGGCCACAUAGCUACUUGAUCUUAGUUAAUUAGACUAUAUUUACUAAUUUUGUUAUUCAAAACUAAUAACAAUUUUUCUUUAAUAAUGAGCAGGCACGUCAAGCAGUUGGGGCUCGUUGCUGGGUUUCCCACCUGUGUUAUCGUCUCUAUGCACUGAGGGCCUGUUUCAGAGAUGUAUGUAAAUCACACAGUGGCUGCGUGUAAAUUUGGUAAUGCUGCAGGUGGUAUCUUGGCUUUUGUGAUCUGCUGCUGUGUCUGAUUACGCAGCAUCGGAUCAUCUGCAAAAUCAUCACCCUCAGGUUACUCAGAUGGACGUCUCAGAUCCGUAACAGAGACCAGUAAAUCAAAGAUACUGGCCUUUGCUCUCCCAGAAAAAGGGAACAAAAUGCCCCCGUUUUCAUGCACGCUUCCCUGGAUCCAGCUUCCCCAAAUUGCUGCAGCCUGUCAAUAGGGAUGUGGCUUAGGGGCUUGUGAUUAUGCCGGUCCUGUUCUAUACAUGCACAGUCCUUAUGCAAUUGGGUUUGCGUACAACUGUGACUCGGCUCCGGAAACGGGAAUAGCAAAGAUGGAUCCUGGAGCAAGAGCGGAAUUGAUUAGUGCAUGGCUGCAUCAGCUGGCAAUGUGUACGUUUGAUUUACCGUGGGGAUCAGAGCUCCCUAUUUCGAUCACAGUGGUGUGAAAGCAGAACAGUUCCGUUGUGCUCUAGCAAAAGCCUGUGUAUAUGGUCUUGUGCAGCAUUUGGGUGAAUUAAUUGAAAACCACACAUCUAUCUAUUCUCUAUCUGCAGCCUUUGUUUUGGAGCAAGUUACUAAUGAUGCAUCAUGCUGUUUUCAGAGGUUGGGGAACGCAGCUGGUUGGGAUAAUGGUAGUGCUAGAUGAAAUAGAUAUUUUGCAUUUCUCUAUAUGUUAUUUAAAUUUGUGAAGUUCCCUAAUAUGCAGAGUGUCCAUUAUUCUUGUCCUGUGCUGAAUACACAAACAGAUGUAACUUACAGGCAAAUAUUACGUAACUGCAUCUCCAAGGCAUUGGCUUACACCUGAAGCAUACAUACAAUGGAUAAAGCCGUUCUCCUCACCUAUUGCCCUUUCUUGAGCAAUCUUUUGUACUGCAGUUUCUGUCCUAGCAGGCAUGCCUGGCAAUGGCUUAAUGUGUUUACAUUACCUGGCUAAUGUCAGACUGUUUAUCGAAUAUAUGGAAAAACACCAUCAUGGAUGUAGGAGAAAUUAUCCUACUGUAUAUCUGCAAAAACAAGCAUUGCUGAGUUAUCAUUGGGUAAACAGACCCUGGAUGGAAACAUACAUUAUCUGGAUUAAACGUAUAGGCCCAGUACAAUAUUAUUUUGUCCUCCUUAUAAUAUAAUGUAAUGAAAGAAAAGGCAAAUUGCGUUUAAAGUAAAACCUGGAAAUAUCUGACAUACAGUAAGUACUAGGCUCACGGGAGCUAUAGUAAAAAUACGGGUGGUCUUCAGUAUGCCGAAUGUCGGGAUCCCGGUACACAUUAUACCGGCGCCGGAAUCCCGGCAUACGACAGCUAUUCUCCCUCGUGGGCGCGCGCCACCGUGCCCGCAGCGUGUCGAGCGCAGCGAGCCCGCAAGGGGCUCCUUAGCGCUCGCCACGCGGUCGGGCUCCCAAGCGCUGGCAUACUGUACUACACCCUAAAAGCACAUACUGUAUAUAACAUAAAAUAAAAAUACAUGCAUUAUUUGCUUUAUUGUCCUUAAUACAAAGGAAAGUAUCUGCUCAAUGUAGUUUUUUUGCUAUCCCGAUGUAUAGGGUGGUAUUCAGGUGACCCGACGGUCAGAUGACCUCCAACAUCCCGCCCCCUCACUAUCCCGGCGGUCGGCAUGCCAACCAAUAGGGACUAUGUCCACUCUCAUGGGUGUCCACGACACUCAUAGAGUGGUUGCCACCGAGCCCGCAAGGGGCCCCGAGGAGGGUGAAUUUGGGUGCCAUUGCUGGCAUUUAUACCCCAUUACAAUGGCAACUUGACCCUAAUUGAUUCCCCCACCACUAUGUUUAAAAAAAAAAAAGUAAAUGAAGACAUGUAAGAAUAUCACAUCAAUCUUUAGUGAUUUCAGCUUGACAAAUAGAAAGAGGGACUGUGAAAGGGGAUGGGGUUGGCGUGCCUUUAAUGUUACGAAUAACAGCCUGGGUCCUUUAUUUCUAAUGGCAUAUGUGGUUUUGAGACAGAUCCUCUACUUGGCAAAUGCUGAAAUACGUAAUAGUUCAUGCAGUGUCAUCCAUAAAACAAGGGCUGCAUUUUGCAAGUUUGCACAGCCAUCAUAAGUGGAACUACCUCUGAUGUAUAUUAAAGCAUUACCAAUCCUACUGACGUGUACUUGAUUUCCUGCACAGAAUACUAAGACCUACAGUAUGGCCCAGGUUUAUCCAGCCUUGGAGAGUGAUAAAUUGCACAGUGAUAAAGUACCAUCCAAUCAGCUCCUAACUGUCAUUUGUUCAAACCUAGCCUGUAACAGGGCAGUUAGGAGCUGAUUGGCUUGCACUUUAUAACGGUGCAAUUUAUCACUCUCCAAGGCUUUAUUAAUCUGGGCUUAUGUUUGCUACAUGUGGCGUGUUUCUGGUGUGUCUACAUCCAGAACUUCCUGGUAAAUAAUACCAGGAUAACCCUAUUAAUAAUAUAUCCCUCUGGCUUUGUUUUGUUUGUUUAUUUUUUCCUUUAAAUAAAUGACUCAACUGCUAAUUAACCAGAUAAUGUUUGGUUAGCACUUUCUCGAAAUGCGGAACAGCCAGUUAGGUCUAUUAAAAUGUGUUCUUGCAAAUGACUUUAUAUUGGUUCUGUAAGCUCGUCUCCAGGUGCACAAAUGGGCAAAGCUGUUGUAUGCAUAAAGUAUGUUAACUAUUCUAGCAAUACUUUGUUGAAAAGACAACAGUGUAAAUUAGGUCCAAGUCGGUGGUAAUGAACUUUCUGGCUCUUCGAGCCAAAGCCUUUAAAUAACCAUGGUCACAUGUUUUUGAAGUGUACCUUGAUUUGAACCAGUAUGUUUUGUAUCAAAGACUUGUGCUGUGUGGUAAUAAAUGUUAAUACUAGUGACGAAGCUCUAUGAGUAAAGGUAUAUGGUGGUAUUACAAAA